AUGAUGAAUCCAUCGGUUUCUGCCAUCUUGGAAGACUUGGCCGCAGCAGGCAAGGCCUAUGACCAGGCUGAGGCUGGCUCCCGAGAAGCCCUCAUUGAUCGCAGCCGUGCGCUGGUGGCCGCGCUGGAGAUGCCCAGUGAGUUCAUUCAACGCAGCUUCUGGGCCGAGCCCGCCAUGUCCGCCGUCAUCCGCAUCGCCGUCGACGUCCAACUAUUCCAGCUACUCCGCGACGCAGGGGAGGCGGGCCUGAGCCCGGCCGACCUGGCCGACAAGACCGGCGUCGACGUCGUGCUCCUGCAGCGAUUGACGCGCCACCUCGUGGCGAUGUACCUGAUCAGCUUCCAUCACGGCGCCUUCCACGGCACGGCGCUGAGCGACCAGCUCGCCGCCGACAACUACCAAGACAGCAUCUCCUUCUGCUACGACACGGCGCGCCCGUCCUUCAACAACUUCCCUGCCUUCUUCCAGAACACCCACUACCGAUCCCCGACCGUGGGGAGUCUGGACGGCCCCUUCCAGCGCGCCCAUCACACGCCCCUGCACUUCUUCGACUGGCUCGUGGCCAACCCGCCCAACCUGCAGCACUUCGACUCCUUCAUGAGCGCCUACCGCGCCGGCAAGCCCAACUGGUGCGACCCGGGCUUCUACCCCGUCACCGACCGCCUGAUCGCCGGCUUCGAGCCCAGCAGCGACAAGAACGCCGAAGGCGUCCUCCUCGUCGAUGUCGGGGGCGGCCGAGGCCACGACGUAACCAUCUUCACGCAGCAAUACCCGACGCACCCGGGGCGAAUCAUCCUGCAGGACCGCGAGCCCGUGAUCGCCGCGUUAGCUCCUGCCAGCACCACCCCGAGGCCCGCAUUCACCGCGCAAGCCCACGACUUCUUCACGCCGCAACCCAUCGCCGGGGCGCGCGCCUACUACCUGCAUUCGAUCCUGCACGACUGGGACGACGAGCGCGGGGUGCAGAUCCUGCAAAACCUGGCGCCCGCGCUGCGCCGGGGUUACUCGCGGGUCCUGCUGAAUGAGAUCGUGGUCAGCGAGGAGCGGCCGACGCUCGCGGCCACGAGCAUGGAUCUGAUGAUGCUGGCGCACUUCGCCGUGCGCGAGCGCACCGAGCGCGAGUGGCGCGCCAUCCUGGACCGGGCGGGGCUCCGCAUCGUGGAGAUCUACACCUAUCCCGGGGUGGCGGAGAGUUUGAUUGAGGCCGAGUUGGCUUGA